GAGCUGCUGCAGUUAUUGAAAUAAUAGAUUAUUUUAAAUUAUUGCAACUUCGCUACAGUAUCUUGCAACGAUAUUAAUGUCUAAUUUUACUUUGCAAAGUACAAUGCGAGAUCACGAACAUCUGAGAAAUAGGUCAGCUCUGAAAAUUAUAGGAACAAAAUCAAGCGCUUUCUAAUUCUAAUAAAUGUGAAAUCUUCAAUUUGUGGAUAUUACUUCUCAACAAUAAAUGCCACUGCAUGGGAAUCCUACGUCCACUGCACGUUCUGUUAUUCCGUCCGUUGACUAAGUGUGUUUCUUGUAGUAAUAAAGUAUUGUUAUUUGCCUGGGAAAGCAUUAUAAUUAAUGUCUAAAAUUUAUGGGUAACAUUAAUCAGAAGAAAUCUUGCGAAAUAACGCCAAAAUAUGCCAAAAAAUCUAAUAAAUCACAUGAGCAGUACUCAAGCGAGUUUAGCUUGUCAUCUUUUGUGAAGGACCUAAGUGGUAGAUCGUUUGUUAGUGCCACAAGCCAACAGUCUACGUAUAGUGUGUCAAGGCCUUGGUCAAGAGUAUCACGGCGCAGAUGGAAUAAUUCAACACUCACAGAUCCUCUUGAAGCUUCAAAGACUGCAUGGCCUGUGCCAUACAUAGAAGCUGCAUUUCUUCCAGAGUUUAAAAUCAAGGGUGAUGUUACUGAAAACAGCUUUGAGGUACUUGACACUAUAUCAAGUGGAGCAUUUGGAAAAGUGUACUUAGCUUGUAAGAGAGAUACCAAUCAAAAAUAUGCUCUGAAAAUUCUUUCCAAAUCUCAGAUUUUGUCACAAAAUGCUGUUGAACAGGUGAAAGAUGAAGUCAGAAUCCAAUCAGUUUGUGGACACCACCCAUUUAUUGUAAACUGUCCAUAUUUCUGGCAGAAUCGAAAACGGCUGUUCAUUGUCACAGAUUAUAUUGCCGGUGGAGAAUUAUUACGGAUAUGUCAAGAUUACGGACCCUUACCAGAAGAACUUGUGAGGGUGUAUGUUGCAGAAAUUGCUUUGGCUUUAGAUUUCCUUCACAAUGCUGGUAUUAUAUAUCGUGAUCUGAAGCUUGAAAAUCUGUUACUGGAUGAGGAAGGCCAUUUAAAGUUGAUAGACUUUGGACUAGCAAAAUGGCUGAAAUAUGGAUGUCGCACAACCACCAUUUGUGGCACUAUUCAGUACAUGGCUCCUGACAUAGUUAGUAUGGAACCCUAUGGUCAUGCUGUGGAUUGGUGGUCCCUGGGUGUGAUAAUGUGCUGUUUACUCACCGGAGAGUACCCGGCGCCGGGCCUGUCGCGCACGCCGGACUGCGAGCUGGCGGCGCCGCUGGCGGAGGCCGGCCCUGGCGUGGCGGGCCCCUCCUCAUGCUCAGGCGGCGGGUCUCGCGCCCCGGGCUCCCUGCCACCGGGCUGCGCGCUCAGCCACGGCGCGCGCGCCCUGCUCAUCCGUCUGCUGGAGCCGGAGCCGCGCGCCCGCCUGCGCUCGCUGCUCGCCCUUCAGCAGCAGCCCUUCUUCAAGGACUUCUCCUUCGUCGACGCCAGGUCCAAGAAGUUUCAUCCACUCCAAAUAUUGGAAAAAUACUUUCCUGACGGGCCUGUAACAUCAUCUGAUUUUGUGUCAGAUGAUACUUCAUUUAGAGAUUUUUCUCCAGACUCAAAAUGAUGGUAUUUUGAUCUGUGUUUCCUUCAGAAGUGGCAGUUCUGCAUCAAUAAGGAGGUAUCAUUUAUUUUUAUGUAAUCAUACAAUACAAACAGUUUCUGCACUAUGGACAGGAAUUGCCAUCCGUGAAUACAAGAAGUUACCAAAAGAGCUUUUAAGUUCUAACAAAGUGUAACUUUGUCAAUUAUUCUUUCUUUUAUUGUUACCUCUUUUAAAUGUUACCAAAUGUCUAAACUAAUGCAAACCACCAAUGCAAUAGGUCUAUAUUUACCAAACAGUUUAAGUAAUGACUGUGGAUCAUAACAUUUUGUUUUUAUUUUAUGUGUUUGAGCUUUUAGUUUCAGUGUUUUUGAUGUUAACUAUUAUUACCAUCAUUAUUUUGUAUUUACUUAGAAAAAUGAAGAAUUUCACAGUACUAGCAUUGCCCCUUCUUCUCCAUUUUCUUUUCCUUGUAAUUUGUCAUACUGAAAAUUCUUGUUGAAAAACAUUUGCCUUCACUUUGAAUAUCUAGUGGUGUAAUUGUUUAUGCAGGCUCAGUGUUACUUGUAGAGAUUAUUUGAAACACUAUAAUUUUAAUUUUUUGUACCUUUGCUUGAAAAGUUGCACAUAUUAAUUUUUAAGCUGACUUAGAAGUUACUGAGUCAUUUGCUUAUAACAUUUAAUCAUAUAAAUCUUAUGCUGUCUGUUAUUUCAUGACAAAGGAUCUGUACUACUUUUCAUAAUUUAUCUAGGCAGUCUGUAAAAGAAUAAAUGCUCAUUGGUUUAUGGCAAUACUGGUGACACAGAAUUUACUCUGGCUGCAGUAUGGUAAUAAUGCUCAUUUUUCUAGUUUUUUUGUACCCAAUGCUUUAUAUUGUGUUUCCUCCGAAUAUAGGAUUUUCUUAUCUUUGUACUCAUCGCAUAGCAUUUCUGCCUGCCAUUUCAAGUAGAUAUUAGAUUCAUAAAUAAAUGUCUUUGUUUUUAUCUCACUGUGUGUUGUUGACAGAUAUUGAUAAAUAUUCCCUAUUGUAGAUUUAUAAGUUCCAAAGUGAUCAAUGUAUGUGUAGAAUAUAGUGGGUCCACGCCAGCUAUUCAGAGGGACAAAAUAAUAUAUAGUCACUGUGUCAUUGUAUCAAUGAAUGGUAAAGUUUUUGUUUUUUGAAAUGAAAUUAAACAGGCAUACCUGUAAUGCAGCAGUUUAUAUAGUAUAAUAAUGCCUAUUGUAAACCACCAUACCAUUCAGUCACAUAUCAUAUGGUGUAAAGUAGAAAUGAAAGACUUUCUUCAGCUUCAAUUUUUUUUUGUUGCAAAAAUUCUGCACAUCUAGCAAACGUAUGAGGCCUUAUUCUCAGGGAUUAUUUUACUACUGUAUGUUUAACUAUGGUAUGGAAAAA